AUGGCUAAGACUCUCGCUCGGUGGUAUCUGCAACGAGAUUCAGACAGGCCAACCGUACCUCCAAGAAUGCGAACAGUGGCCAGCGGCAUUUUCGGACGUACUUCCAGACUCAUCAGGAAGUCUUUUUGUAGAUAUAGCAAGUUGGGAAAACAGGCACAAGCCAACGCAAUCAAUUCAAAUGAUGUGGCCAUCAAGCAAAAGAAACACAUGAACAUCGAUUCGGCAUGCAUACCCCAAGCGAGGAAGAAUAAAUCAACCCGGCCUUUCACGUCAAGACAGGCAGGCCUAGGAUUGUUUCAUAGUUCUUGGAUAGACUCACUUUUCAACGAAAGUGACGAACAGAGAACCCUGCCUCAGCAGAGGCACCAGACCGCUGUUUGUGCAGACUUCCUGACACCGGCCUGGCCGGAGAGGGGAGGGGAAACGGGAUUUAAAGUCAAGAGUCUUCUGUGGUCGGGUCUAUUUGUACAGAUGCAUAUCAACAGACGUAAAGAGGACGCCUUGCCGCCUGGGCGACGACAGCAGUGA